AGGGUGAAAGUGAAAGUGUGUGAGCCACAUAAACACACACACACACACACACACACACACACACAUACGCACAGAGACUUGAGCAGAAGCAGUGAUCGAGGUGCAGGAUGGGGAAGAUAUACCAGCUGGUCGUGAUCGGGCUGAAGGGGGAGAAGAUUAUGGUGGAUGUGGGACAUUCGGAGACAGAGAUGAACUCGCUCACCGUCCAACAGCUCAAACAGAAGAUUGCAGCGAAGAUGCCGGGGAACUCAGGCCACGAUUUGGAAGGCAUGCGGCUGAUCUACACGACGAAGCAGCUGGAAGACGAGUCUCUGUUGUCCGUGUACGGAGUCCAGGACAAAUCCGUGAUCCAGCUCAUCCUGCGGCUGCCCGGGGGGCAGUAGCCCGUCCCUGACCCAGCCAAGCCCAAAACCACUUCGCCUCGCCGCCUCAUGCCCACGAACUCUCCCGCCACACCGGGAGAGCUGCAGACUGGAAGAGUAUAAGCCCGAUUUCUCUCUCCCUUUAUGAAGAGAGCUUCGUGACGGUUGUAUUGUAGCUCCAGUCGGCUGUGUGAGCUUCGGAUGAAAACGGCAUCCCCUGGGCCACCACAUGGCGGCAGCAGCGAGCCGCACUGAAGAAACUGGGCGUGUCGGCAGGAGAGGACUUUUAACAGAGGCAUCAUCGCUAGGCUAGUUCUGCCAUAAAUUAAUAUAUUAAAAUAUUAAAUCUUCUGAAGAAAUAAAG